AUGGCCGAGGAAGAGGAUCCGUACGCAGUGAGCAGCGAUUCGGACGAUGAGGAGUCACGUAAACCACCACCAAAGAUUCAGAUUGAGGGCCGAGCCAAUGCCGAUAUCAACCAGCUGGUUCGUUCCAUUUUUUUGUCUUCGAUUUUAUUUUGA